AUGGAGCGGCCCCGGGGAGCUGCGGAUGGCCUCUCGCGCUGGCCCCACGGCCUCGGCCUCCUCCUUCUCCUCCAGCUGCUGCCGCCGGAGACCUUCGGCCAGGACCGGCUGGACGCGCCGCCGCCGCCCGCUGCGCCGCUGUCGCGCUGGUCCGGCCCCGUCGGGGUGAGCUGGGGGCUGCGCGCGGCCGCGCCCGGGGACCCGGUUCCCCGCGGCGGCCGUUGGCGCCGCAGCGCGCUCGAGGAGGACCAGGACUGCGGCCGGGUCCGGGACUUCGUCGCCAAGCUGGCCAACAACACGCACCAGCAUGUGUUUGAUGAUCUCAGUGUCUCAGUAUCCUUGUCCUGGGUUGGCGAUGGCACUGGGAUCAUUCUGGUCUUGACUACCUUCCAUGUACCACUGGUAAUUAUGACUUUUGGACAGUCCAAGCUAUAUCGAAGUGAGGACUAUGGAAAGAACUUUAAGGAUAUUACAAAUCUCAUCAAUAACACCUUCAUUCGGACUGAGUUUGGCAUGGCUAUUGGUCCUGAGAAUUCUGGAAAGGUGAUUUUAACAGCAGAGGUGUCUGGAGGAAGUCACGGAGGAAGAAUCUUCAGAUCGUCAGAUUUUGCAAAGAACUUUGUUCAGACCAAUCUCCCUUUCCAUCCUCUGACUCAGAUGAUGUAUAGCCCUCAGAAUUCUGAUUAUCUUUUAGCUCUCAGCACUGAAAAUGGCCUGUGGGUGUCCAAGGAUUUUGGGGGAAAAUGGGAAGAAAUCCACAAAGCAGUAUGUUUGGCCAAAUGGGGAUCAGAAAACACCAUCUUCUUUACCACCUAUGCAAAUGGCUCCUGCAAAGCUGACCUUGGGGCACUGGAAUUAUGGAGAACUUCAGACUUGGGGAAAAGCUUCAAAACCAUUGGUGUGAAAAUCUACUCAUUUGGUCUUGGGGGACGUUUCCUUUUUGCCUCUGUGAUGGCUGAUAAGGAUACAACAAGAAGGAUUCAUGUGUCAACAGAUCAAGGGGACACAUGGAGCAUGGCCCAGCUACCUUCUGUGGGACAGGAACAGUUCUAUUCUAUUCUAGCAGCUAAUGAUGACAUGGUGUUCAUGCAUGUCGAUGAACCCGGAGAUACCGGAUUUGGAACAAUCUUUACCUCAGAUGAUCGAGGCAUUGUCUACUCCAAGUCCUUAGACCGACAUCUCUACACCACCACAGGUGGCGAGACAGACUUUACCAAUGUGACCUCCCUCCGUGGGGUCUACAUAACAAGUGUGCUCUCAGAAGAUAAUUCCAUCCAGACUAUGAUCACUUUUGAUCAAGGAGGAAGAUGGAAGCAUCUGAGGAAGCCUGAAAACAGUGAAUGCGAUGCUACAGCAAAAAACAAGAAUGAGUGCAGCCUUCAUAUUCACGCUUCCUACAGCAUCUCCCAGAAGCUAAAUGUUCCAAUGGCCCCACUCUCUGAGCCUAAGGCCGUCGGCAUAGUCAUUGCCCACGGUAGUGUAGGGGAUGCCAUCUCAGUGAUGAUCCCAGAUGUAUACAUCUCAGAUGAUGGGGGUUACUCCUGGACGAAGAUGCUGGAAGGACCCCACUAUUACACCAUCCUGGAUUCCGGAGGCAUCAUUGUGGCCAUUGAGCACAGCAGCCAUCCUAUCAAUGUGAUUAAGUUCUCCACAGAUGAAGGUCAGUGCUGGCAAACCUACAUGUUCACCAGGGAGCCCAUCUACUUUACUGGCCUCGCUUCAGAACCUGGAGCUCGGUCCAUGAAUAUCAGCAUUUGGGGUUUCACAGAAUCUUUCCUGACUCGCCAAUGGGUCUCCUACACCAUUGAUUUUAAAGAUGUCCUUGAAAGGAACUGUGAGGAGAAGGACUAUACCAUAUGGCUGGCUCAUUCCGCAGACCCCGGAGAUUACGCAGACGGCUGCAUCUUGGGCUACAAGGAGCAGUACCUGCGGCUUCGCAAGUCAUCCGUCUGCCAGAACGGUCGGGACUACGUUGUGACCAAGCAGCCGUCUGUCUGUCCCUGCUCCCUGGAGGACUUCCUCUGUGAUUUUGGCUACUUCCGUCCAGAAAAUGAUUCCAAAUGUGUGGAACAGCCAGAGCUAAAGGGCCACGAUCUGGAAUUUUGUCUGUACGGCAGAGAGGAGCACCUGACAACAAAUGGGUACCGAAAAAUUCCAGGAGACAGAUGCCAGGGUGGCGUGAAUCCAGUCCGAGAAGUAAAAGACUUGAAAAAGAAAUGCACAAGCAACUUCCUGAGUCCUGAAAAGCAGAACUCCAAGUCAAAUUCUGUUCCAAUCAUCCUGGCCACCGUGGGAUUGAUGCUGGUCACAGUCGUAGCAGGGGUGCUCAUUGUGAAGAAGUACGUCUGUGGGGGAAGGUUCCUGGUGCACCGCUAUUCCGUGCUGCAGCAGCAUGCCGAGGCCAAUGGCGUGGAUGGCGUGGAUGCCCUGGACACGGCCUCCCACACUCACAAGAGUGGUUAUCAUGAUGACUCAGAUGAGGACCUCCUGGAAUAGCUCUUCAAAGCGGCUGGGACCGAGCACAGAUGAUGGAACCGCAGUACCUCUCACACGCCCUGUGGCUCCGACUUGGGGGGAAUAAAUUUCCCAUUGCGAGGGACCCAGCUCUGUUUCUGCUGCUUCCACCAAAGCCAAAAGGACCUGUGCUAAAGAAAUGUGGGCGGGUGGGGACCCGAAACACUCUCACGAUUGGCUCUGAGAAGUGGGGGAAUCUAAAUUCUUUAAUUUUUUAUUUCAAGUUCUGUCUUUUUGCAAAGUAUGGGUUCUUUUGGUUUUGUUUCUGUUUGGUAAGGGAAAUGGGAUUGGAAGGGAAUGUUUCACUAACCCCCCUCUUGCAUGUUUUGCAUGGCGCCUGCCCCCAGGCACCUGCCAGCCCCAGCAUCAACCAUCACCAAGUACUCGGCGCUGUCCCCGGGCUCUGCCGGCGACGCGGAGCAGCUGCUGAGAGGGACUCGGGGGCUGCGAUGACUGGCACGGCCUGGCGGCCUUUCCCCGGCCAGGGACAGCCCCACCCCGAGAGUGCUGCACACCAGCUCCUCACACACACCCCGCCUUUGCUUGCUUGCUCUUUUGGGGACCAUGGACCACAGUGGCGUCUCUUCCCCCCACCCCAUUUAAUUAGGCAAUACCCUCGUUAAUUGCCCUUUGGCAACUGACUUAACCCUGUGCUUCCAAGACACUAAAUCAGGAAAACUUAAAGGGCAAUAUUUUUAAGUUGGGGCAGGAAGAAGGGAGCAGCAGGGAAUUGACUAGGGUUAGCACCUAUUAAAGGACAAAUUCUUGCUUCUUCCAAGAUCUUUCCAGCCGUGCUUCGUGUCUGUGCCUGUGAACUUGCUCAAGGACAGGGUGAGGGCUUGCCCUGGAUAUCUGCCCAGGCUGUGGGGUCUCUCCACUGGAGCCGAGGGAGGGUGCCCGGGGUGGCCCCUGAGGACUGAACAUCACAGUCCUCCGUGUCCUCGUCCACCUGUGGGCACAGUGGCGAAUCCUUAGGAUGGCUACUUGCUUGCUUCCUCUUGGACUGCUGUUGUACAUGGAGCCAGGACGAGACAUGUUUUCAGAUUUAUAAACUAUUUUUUAAAAAUCACGAUUUUAUUACCAGGCUCUCUUCCUCACCUAUUUUCUCCAGCUUUGCCAACUAAUUUGUUGGCAUGAAACUUCUGGCCGAACCAACCGAAAACACAUGUGUAGUGUAGGUGAUGUUUUACCUCAUGCGUUAAGUUCGUAUUUUAAAUUUAAGGAAGUUUUCCACUGGACAUUUUUUCAGAUCAAGUUAACAGUAGAAUGUGGUGAGGUGGAGUUUUGGGUGGCCACACAGUAAUGGAAAGCUGCAAUAAUUCGUUUUAAAAGAGCUUGAAUAUUUGCUCUCCAGGUAUAUAGUAUAGUACAUUUUUGGUCUUAGUGUCCCUACUGUGCUGGCCACAGUUUCUCCCAGUAAUUACGGUUAGGACAUUCUUUGGUAACUGCCAGUUUGCUGCUAGUUCAUUUUAUGGUGAUAAAGUCACGAAAAAGUAGACGUGCCAAAUCAACUUUUGUCAGAAUGCGUGAGCAGAUGGCUGUGUUCUCUCCUCCCCAGAAUGGAUUAACAGCAGCAGGGAAAGUGGGAGAGGGGGUGGUUGGAGAAGGUUAGAGACUUUGAAGCUGCAGCAGGACUGAAUGAGUCAGGGAGCUUCAGUUGGGAAAUAAAGCUAGGGCAUUUUUUGUGAAGAGAAUUCGUAUUUGUUUGAGCCAUAGAGCACUGGUCUUUUAGGAAAAGCUCAUUCAUUUUGCAUAGUUUUUAAAUUUAAAAAUCCAAAGAUAGACCAGGUCACAAAUGAAAACGUGUCAGUCUUUCUCCCGGACACACUCACCUCCUGCCCAAAGUGAUUCUGAUGCCCAGAAAAGACCCACUCCUGCCGCACACCUUCUCCCUGCAGCUUAUACUCGCCUGGGCAGAUGUGUGCGUAUGUGGUAAUUCUCUGAUUUAUUUUAGGAUGUAGGAAAGUUUAUCUUCUUCCUUAACCAAAUAAGGUUAGAGCUCUGGGCUUCUAAGGGUAUCUGGGACUUCUGUAGAACUUGGCAAUUUUCAGAGCACUUUGACUUGGCAUUGUGUCAUUGGAAACUUAGAACAUUCUUGAUGAGACUUUCUCUUUGAAGGCCAGGGGUUUGUCGUCCCCAUUUUUCAGGAGACGGAGCUGAGGUACAAAAAGUGAGUAAAUGGUCCAGGGUCUCUGUGUGCAUGGCAAGCAGUGCCAGUCGGUUGUCUUUAGAGCUUUUGAACGUUUUUAUGUGUGCAGGGGCUGCGUGCCCAGGGCAUGCAGGGUUCCUGCAUACAGUUGCCUCUCUGUCCUUCAGGAGAGGGAUGGGUGGCAUCUCUGUGGGAGCAGUGUCGCUCCUUUUUGCCACUGUGAGAGAAAAUUUUUUUCUCCUGUUUUACAUGGCUUCAAAACAAAAAUUAAUGGUAAUUUUGAAUGUGUGUUUAGAAACUGCCCCUCAUCUAGAUGCAGGUGUGAGCUGUCCCUUGAUGAACUACCUUCUCCCUCUCCUUGUUUUCUCAUCCUCAUCUGUCUGGCUGGCUAGCUCGGUCAUUUGGAGAACUGCUAACAAGCCUGGCUCACCCCCUUCAUUGGCUAGUUAGCUUCCCAUCUCAGCCUGCUCACUCACAAAGGUAUGCCCUCAGCCAGCAAGUAUAACAGCCUAUUAUCCAUGAUGGCUUCAAAGAGAGAACGAUUCCUAAUUUGUUCUACUGAUGUUAGGUUAGGAGCAUUAUCUUUGAAAGUAAAGUGUAGCUUAUCAUUGUAUAAAAUCUCGGGCUUGAUGGUAGCAGAAGAGAUGAUUUCUGGAGGUUUCAGCGAUAGGGUUGAGCACCGUAAGAAAGGUUGGACACAUCAGACUGUCUACAGUGGUCUGAGCUUUUAAGUCCGGGUGGAGAACUCACCAUCCCUCACCUGUGAUCGGCACCUUGGCCCUAAGAGGGCUUUGGGUUGGUGACUCUAGAGGCCAAGGGUGUGUGCACCUGAGCUGGUAUUUGAAUAGGGAUCCCACUUAGGAGAAGAAAAAAGUCUGGAGAGUUCUGGCAGUUCUAAGCUGGGCUCAGAAGAUUCAAUAGAUGAGCUAUAACUGAAAUUUAGAACUUGCCAUCUGCCUCUGAGUAGGCUUUCCAGUGUGUACCUAAUUCCUAGGUUUGCCUCUGGGCCUCUCCAUGUCCAAGCUGGCCUUUCAUCCAUGACACAUUAGUAACAGGCUGGCCGCCUCCAGCCCUUGCACUGGCUCUCUACACUGCAGCUGGUUCUCCCAUGGCCUGGGUCACAGGACCAGGAUACAGAGGGAGUGCGGAGCCGUCCACACCCACCCCAGGUGGCAGGGCUGGCCGGAGUUUCUAAGGGUUCUCUAAGAACCCUGCCUCCACGCGCAGAGGUUGUGGAGCUCUCCCGGCUUGUUGGUAUUUCCUCCUCGCCCCAUCUGAAGUCAGAUGCUUGGAACUGCUAAAGUCAGAGCUUCAGCUUUUUGACUUUGCUACUACCUGGCCUCAAGCAGGGAGGUAAACAGGGACUUAAAUGUCCUUUGAACAAAACCAAAGUGUAAGACGUGCCGCAUGACGGAGUACUAGGGAGGGCCAGACCUUCAGCGCUGGCCUUCAGCAGGGGCCAGACAUUCGGUUUCAUCUGCCACCCGUGUACCCAGCGGCUCUGGGAGCACCGUCCUGUCUGAGCAGAGCCGGGCCUUGCCCUCGCGGAGGCUGACCGACACAGCAGGAGUAUGUUGGUUCCUUGGUUAUGUUGCAUUAUAACAGUAAGAGUCACAACAUUAAUUUGAAACUGUCUUCAACAACUGGCUGUAUGCAUUUUUUCACACCAGUACAUUCUUAAGCAUCCUCGUUUAUAUAGAAUAACAUAAACUAAUCUGUACGUUUAUAUAUAUAUAUGUACAUAUAUACAUGUAUAAACUGUAUAGUGUACAUGUUAAUGAUUUAUUGAUAUGUCCCAAAUCUUUCAUGCAGUUCUCAUCCUCUGCAUGCCCUCAGUUUGCGGUCGGGUGACUUGAAUGUUCCUCGAUGAUCCUGCCCACCUCCCGUGUUUGGACGUCUAGGGAAGGAGGGUUUUGGUCAUACCCUUCUUGUCCUCAUGCACAGAAAUGCUCAGGGUCCCCACGUGCCUGUUGUUCAACCCUCUCUUGUGUCUCGUUCCCUUUCUGAGCAUGUGGUCCCUCCCUGUCCUGUAACUUCUCUGCCCCCAUCCCCAGCUGUGGGACAGCUGCCUUCCUACUAAAGUGUAAAGCAGUAUUAACAUCAUUACUGCAUGUGCGCUAAAAACCCAAGUCUUCUGUUCCCUUGGGACAGAAAAUUGCAUGUGGGGUGGGAUAAUCAAGUUUCAGUGACCCAUGUCAGUUACCCAACAAAGCCAGACCCCAUAGCAAAAUUCCACAAAAUGGAAAUCAAACUUAAAUUUCUUUAUUAGCAUUGUGUAAAUAAAUCUGGAUGUGUUUAACUUUGUACUGGUAAUUUUCUGUAUAUUUGCAAUAUUUGGGUUAGAAAUAAAACAGACUGGACUUUGUUACCUGA